ACCGGGGAAAAAUGAGAGCACUCUUGAAAUUGUACAGUCUAAGCAGGGCUCCCGCCUGCCUCUUAAAAUAUACAUCAAGUGCGCAGUGGAUCUUGCAGCAAGGCAGAGGCUGUUCCAGCGCCUCGCCAGAGAAACAGACACCCAAAACGUCAAUGCUCAGGCAUCUCACGUCUAAAAUCAAAGCAACGGGUCCCAUUUCCGUGGCAGAGUACAUGAGAGAAGUCCUCACCAACCCAGUCUCGGGCUAUUAUGUGAAGAAUGACAUGCUGGGUGCUGAUGGCGAUUUCAUUACAUCACCAGAGAUAUGCCAAAUCUUUGGAGAGCUGUUGGGUAUCUGGUGUAUAAGUGAGUGGAUGGCAGCAGGGAAACCCAAAGCCUUCCAACUGGUGGAACUGGGCCCAGGCAGAGGCUCCCUGGCCAGUGAUAUUCUCAGGGUGUUCAGUCAGUUGAAAGGGGCUCUGGGUGGAGCUGAGGUAUCAGUGCACCUGGUAGAGGUGAGUCCAAAGCUAAGCCAGGUUCAGGCCCAGUGUCUGACUGGAGAUCAGAACCAGGUUCACGAAGACCAGAGUGUGUACCGUACAGGUACCAGUGCCAGCGGUCUGCCCAUCUCCUGGUAUCACAGGAUAGAUGACGUUCCCAGAGGUUUCAGCAUCUACCUUGCGCAUGAGUUCUUUGAUGCUCUCCCCAUCCAUAAGUUCCAGAAAACAGAGAAGGGUUGGAGGGAGCUGAUGGUGGAUAUAGACUCUGUGGUACCAGACAAGCUGAGGUUUGUUGUCCUGCCAACCCCCACUCUAGCUUCAGCUACACUUAUUCAGCCAGAUGAAAAGAGACAGCAUGUAGAGGUUUGUCCAGAGGGCGGAGUCAUUGUCCAGCAGCUGGCCAAUCGAAUCGCAGAACACGGGGGCGCGGCACUAAUUGCAGAUUAUGGGCAUGAUGGGACUAAGACAGACACGUUCAGAGGCUUCAGAGGGCACCAGCUCCACGACGCGCUAGAGGCACCUGGCACCGCCGACCUCACCGCUGACGUGGACUUCAGUUACCUCAGACGGAUGGCCGAAGACCAGGUGGCCUGCGUGGGACCCAUAACCCAAAGAAACUUCCUGAAAAAUAUGGGCAUUGACACACGUCUACAGGUUCUGCUGAGGAGCUGCGCUGACCCAUCUACGCGUACUCAGCUCAUCCGGGGUUACGACAUGCUGACUAACCCCCAGAAGAUGGGCGAGAGGUUUCUGUUCUUCGGCCUGUUGGCCCGGCGUCGGCUGGCUCCCCCGGACGAGGGAGGGGACUUAAAGAAGAAGAGGGUCCCUCUGCCCGUGGCUGGGUUCAGUGAACUGGGGAACGGCUUAUAA